AUGUUUUCAAGUACUUCACAAAAUUCACUAUCAAUACACAAAGCAACAUUUGAUAUUGAAAUUAAUACACCUUUAUCAGAUGAAGAAAAUAAUCAUCAACGAUUUAAUGUUGGAUUUCCAAAAUUAUUUCGUAAUGUAUUUAAUCAUUCAAAAAAACAUAAAGUUUUACAACCAGAAAAUGAAAUGACAAGAUUAUCAAAAACAUUAAUGAAAUCAAAUGAAACAACUGAAACAUUAGCAAGUAUGACAAAUAAUACACAUAAUAACGAUAUAUGUUUAUUUUCUGAUAGUCCACAUUAUAUUGUUCGAAUUGCUGGAACAGGAAAUACAGAUGAAUUCGAACGUCUUAUUCGUGCUGAUCCAAGUAAAUUAAAAGUAGCUAAUCCAGUUGGUCUUUGUGCAGCUCAUAAUGCUGCUGCUCGAAAUCGAGUUGGAAUUUUAGCAUUAAUUGCACAAUAUAAUGAAGAUUUGAAUAUUGAAGACAAAGAUGGUUGGACACCAUUACAUCAUGCUGUACGAAAUAAUGCAUUGAAUGCCAUUGAAUUUCUUUUGGACAAUGGAGUUAAUGAUGUUCAUUUAUCUAAACAACACGAAGCACCUAUUCAUCUAGCUGUUAUACAUAAUCAAUUAAAAGCUCUUGAACUUCUUCUAUGUAAACGUCCAGAUGAAGUUAAUCUUGGCGGUGAAAGAGAUAAAACACCACUUCAUUAUGCUGCUUUAAUUGAUAAUGUUGAUGCAGCAAAAAUUCUUACAAAUUAUAAUGCUCGUCUUUGUCAACCAUGUAAUAGUGGCAGUUAUCCUAUUCAUGUAGCUGCAUUGAAUAGUAGUAAUCAAGUACUUAGUCAUUUAUUAGCAAUUGCUAAAUCAUUGGGAUAUGAUACUGAACAUCUUUUAAAUUUUUGUGAUGCUGAAAAUCAUCGACCAUUACAUUCAUCUGUUAUUGGUGGAAAUAUUGAAGCAGUUGAGAUUUGUCUAAAAAAUGGAGGCAAAAUAGAUGAUCAACAAGAAGAUUUGUCAACACCUGUUCAUUUAGCAUCAUCUCAAGGUUUAAUUGAAAUUCUUAAAUUAAUGUUUAAUUGUCAAUCGGAACUCAAAUCAAAAGUCAUUCGUAUGACAGAUGUUCAAGGCAUGACACCAUUACAUAAGGCAGCCAUGGGUGAUCAUGUUGAUGUUAUUGAAUUUUUACUUGACGAAGGAGCUGAUAUUGAUGUACGAGAUAUAUCUAAACGUACACCAUUAUUAGUUGCUACUUUAAAAUCAUCAGUACAAGCUGUUUGUUAUCUUUUAUCUCGAAAUGCUUCAUUAAUUUAUCGAGAUGAAACUGAUAGAAAUUUUCUUCAUUUUAUAAUAAUGCAAAAUUUACCAAUUGAAACAAUUGGUAAUAUUUUAUUUACUCGAGAUAAUUAUCAUACAUUAUUUGAUCAACGUGAUCAAGAUGGAUUUUAUCCGAUACAUUAUGCAUCACGUGAAGGACAAGUUAAUGUAUUAAAAACAUUAAUAAAACAUGGAGCAGAAAUAAAUAGAAAAACAAAUCAAAGACAAUCAUCAUUACAUUUUGCUGCUGAAUAUGGUCGAUAUAAUACAUGUCGUCAAUUAUUACAUACACCUGGUUUUAAACGCAUUCUUAAUGAACCUGAUAAACUUGGUCAAACACCAUUUCAUCUUUGUUGUCAAAAUGGUCAUACACGUGUUGUUCAAUUACUUUUACAUAAAGGAGCUCAAUUUACAAAAACUUUUGAAGGAAAUACACCAUUACAUGAAGCAGCUGCUAAUGGACAUGUAUCAACAGUGGAUGUUAUUCUUCAAGGUCAUGCUCAUUUAAUUAAUUCAAUUAAUCGUCUUGGAAUGACACCAUUACAUUUAGCUGCUUCAGCUGGUUAUGUUGAUUGUGUUGAUUUACUUUUAUCGAAAUCUGCAAAAUUUUUAAUAAAUAUUGAUGGUGAAACAUUUUUUGAUUUAGCAAUUAUACAAAAACAAAAAGAUAUUUGUCUUACUAUUAUUGCUCAUGAUCGAUGGAAAGAAGCAUUAGAUUUAAAAAGUUUAAAAUAUCAAACACCAUUACUUGGUUUAAUUGAACAUUUACCAGAAUGUGUACCAGUUUUAUUCGAUCGAUGUAUAACUCAUAGUCAUAAUGAUAAGAAACAUGAAGAUUUUCAUCUUACCUAUGAUUUUCAUUACAUUAAUUGGAUGGAUACAAAACAGAUCGAUGGAAAAGUGUAUCGUUAUCCAAUGCUUCCGUUAAAUAUGAUGGUUAAAUUUGGUCGUACAAAUCAUUUAACACAUCCAUUAUGUGAAACAUUACUUCGUCAAAAAUGGGUUUCAUAUGGUUGUCCAAUUUAUAUACUUGAUUUAAGUUUUUAUCUUCUUUUUCUUUUUCUUCUUUCAUAUUUUAUUAUAACAUAUCCUUCAUGUAAUCAUACUGAUCCAAUAAGUUGGAAAAAUUCUGUUGAUUCAUGUUCAAAACAUAAUUUUAUAUCAUUUCAAAAUGAUGCAAAAACAUUUCAAAUAAUUAGUAUUUGGUUUAUUGUUCUAUAUUGUUUUUUAAAUUUUAUUAUGGAAAUUAUUCAAUUAAUACAUGAUGGUUCAGAAUAUUUUUAUGAUAUUGAAAAUUAUAUACAAUGGAUAUUAUAUGUUACAACAAGUAUAUUUACAUUACCAUUUUUAUUUAAUCAAUCAUGGCAUUAUCAAUGGGUAGCUGGUUCGAUUAGUAUAUUUACUGCUUAUUUAGCACUUUUAUUUCUUCUUGGUCGAUUUUUUAUUUAUGGUAUUUAUGUAAUUAUGUUUUUAGAAAUAAUGAAAACAUUAUUACAUGUUUUAUCUUUAUUUUCAAUAUUAAUAUUUGGUUUUGCAUUAACAUUUUGUAUAACAAAACCAUUUGUUCAGGAUCUUGACCUAACAAAUCCACAAGAUUUCUUUAUGAUUGUACUUAAAACUAUAGCAAUGAUGUUAGGUGAACUUGAUUAUGAACGUUCAUAUUUAGAAAAUAUUAAAGGACAACAUUUUAAUACAACUAAUUUAAUAAUAUUACUUAUAUUUGCAAUAAUAAUGCCAAUUCUUCUAAUGAAUUUACUUGUUGGUUUAGCUAUUGGUGAUUUAAUGCAAAUUCAACAAAAUGCUCGUUUAAAACGUCUUGCUACCCAAGUUCAACUUCAUACAAAUCUUGAAAAAAAAUUACCAAGUAAAUUAAUUCAACGUUGGACAAAAAAUGAAUAUGUUGUUUAUCUUAAUAAAGGUAUUUGUAAGCGUUUUUCAACAGUAUUUAAAGAAUGGAUUGCUAAACCUCUCGAUGUAAAUAAUGUAUUAGAUUCAUAUGAUGAAAAUUGUACUGAAAGAGUUUUAUUUGUAGAAUUAUAUAAACAAAAACGAAGACAAAAAGAUAUGCAACGUCAAUUAGAAAAAAUGACUGAUCUUGUUCGAUUAGUUUUACAAAAAAUGGAAAUUCAAACUGAAACUGAAAGUGAUGAUAUAACAUCAAAUGAUAAAAAUGAAAAUUUUCUAAAAAUGCAAAAAUUUCGACACGUAUUUAAUGUUACACGUCGAUUUUCUCAUGCACGUUCUAUAAAUGGAAAUAAUCCACAUUUAUUUACUCAUUCCGAAGAAGCCUAA